AUGGAUCUGUCCCACCGGUUCUCAAAGAGAGAGCUGUCCCUGCUCUACGAGGAGGUCCUCUACACCAUUCGGCACCGCCUGGGACCUGAGCACCACCACAUCGCUGACACCCAGGAGCUCUAUGCCUACGUGCAAAAGGCUUUCGGCAUGGAUGCGGAGGAGCACAACACCAUUAUGCAGCAGGUCAAGGAACUGGAGAGUCCAAUUUUUUGCCUGAAAGCAACCGUGAAGGAAGCCAAAGGGAUUUUGGGUAAAGAUGUCAGUGGGCUGAGCGACCCGUACUGCCUGCUGGGCAUCGAGGCCAAGAGCCAGGAACUGUCCCACCCAGAGCACAAGAGGCGGAUGAAGGCUGUGGUCAAAGACCUCAUCCCCGAAGACCAGAUCCAUCGUACUCAAGUCAUAAACCAGACCCUCAGCCCAGUGUGGGAUGAGACCUUUAUCCUGGAGUUUGAAGACGUGGAGACAGCCAGCUUCCACCUGGACAUGUGGGACUCAGACGUGGUGGAGUCGGUGCGGCACAAGCUGGGGGAGCUGACGGACCUCCAUGGCCUCAAACGGAUCUUUAAAGAUGCUCGCAAAGACAAAGGGCAGGAUGAUUUCCUGGGGAACGUGGUCCUUCGCCUGAAGGACCUGCACUGCUGGGACGACCAGUGGUACCAGCUGGAGCCACGGACGGAGACAUACCCAAACCGAGGACAGUGUCAUUUACAGUUAUUGCUUUUAUGCUCUGUCUCUUCUCAGAGGGCCACCACGAGCAGCCGGACACAGCCAAGCUACACUGUCCAUCGCCACCUCCUGCAGCAGCUGGUGUCCUACGAGAUCCUUCAGCACCAGGCCGGCAGCAUCUCCUGGGACGGGGAGCUGAGCAGGCACGCCAGCACCGUGCUGUACCUGCACGCCACACAGAAGGAUCUCUCUGACUUCCACCAGGUCAUGGCGCAGUGGCUGGCGUACAGCAAGCUCUACCAGAGCCUGGAGUUCAACAGCAGCUGCCUGCUCCACCAGAUCACCAGCAUCGAGUACCAGUGGGUGCAGGGGCGCCUGAGGCCAGAGCAGACCGCGGUGCUGGCCGAGUCCUUCCAGUCCUUGCUGACUUAUGGGGUCUCCCUCCUCCGGAGGUACCGCAUCAUUUUCCCCCUCUCUGUCCCGAGGUCCACAGAGAGGCUCCAGUCCCUGCUCCGGGUCCUGCUCCAGAUGUGCAAAAUGAAGGCUUUCCGUGAGCUGUGCACGCUCAGCCCUGACCUCCCCCAGAUGGUCUCCACGGCGCUGAAGUCAGGCACUACGGAAUGGUUUCACAUGAAGAAGCAGCACCUCAAGCCCAUGGUGAAGAGCAUGGAGGAGAAUGGCAAAGCCUUGUCCAGACUCCUCCUGGAGGUGAUAGAAGAUCUCCAGCAGUGCCAGAAAAUCUGGAAUAAAUUCUUCAUCAACACUUUGAAGUUGAAUCUCUUCUCCAUUGCCUAUCUGGAGCUGGAGAGCCUGGUCGCGGAGCACGUCCAGGAGCAGCUGCGCGAGGUCGACAGCAGCAUGUCCAAACCCACGGCCGAGAGUCUCUUCCAGCUCUACAUGAACCUGCAGGAGCUGUAUAGGAUGAAGGACUUCCUCCCAAAGAGGGAUGGACCUCUGGGUCUGAGCAAUUUCCACCAGUGGUUGAAGGAAGCUGUGCCCCAGUGGCUGCAGAAGACCUACACCAUCGCACUGGAGAGGACCCAGAGAGCUGUUCAGAUGGACCAGCUGACGCCCUUUGGGGAGCACAACAAGCACAGCACGUCCACUGUUGACCUGUCCACCUGCUACGCCCAGAUAGUAAAGACCUGGCAGCAGCUCAACUGGCCAGACCCUGAGGAAGCAUUCAUGAUCAUGGUGAAGCUGGUGGAGGACAUGUGCAAAAUUGCCCUGAUGUACUGCCGGCUCAUCAAGGAGAGGGCUGAGGCUCUGUCACUAAGCGAGCAGAAUGAGGGCGAAGCAGCCAACAGGCUCUGCAUCGUGGUGAACAAUAUCAAGCAGCUGCGGCUGCUGGUCCUGAAGUUGCCAUCACAGCUGGACUGGGCACAGCUGGAGCAGCGCACAGGGGCCAUCAUCGACCGGCAGCAGAUCCAGCACACGCUGCACAACCAACUCGACAGCACCGUGUCCUGCCUGGACCAUGAGGUCCAGAGUGUGGUGCAAGCCCUGGCCACCAAGCUGGAAAAGGGCAUCGCCAGACACAUCCAGGAACUCUCAUCUUCCAAUGACACCCAAGAGCCCGAAGAUUCUGUCAUCCCACUCAUGAAGUUCCUGGAGUUGGAGCUGGAGUAUCUCAAUGAGCAUCUGGUUCAAGAGAACUUCAAAAGCCUCCUCGCUCUCCUCUGGCAGCACACCUUGGCCGUGCUAUCGGCAGCCGCGGGGCAGCAGGUGCCCUCAGCCCAGCACUACAAGAAGCUACACUGUGCCCUGAAGAGCCUGGAGCUGUGCUUCCAUGGCGACGGCUGUGGGCUGCCGCUGGAAACCCUGUACACUGAAGCCUUCCUGUCGCUGGAGACUCACCUGGCCCUCUGCUCUGCCACCAGCCGCAAACUCAUCCAGAAAUACUUCAGCAACAGGAUCCAGCAGCAGCUGGACGCCAGCUCGGAGAAGUACGGGGCUGUGACGAUCAAAGCUCUGUACCGCCCGUCGGAGCAGAAACUCCACGUGGAAGUGCUCAACGCCGUCAACCUCAUCCCACUGGACUCCAACG